AUGUCAAUAAGAGCACAAGCACCAAUUGCAGCAGUUCCUGUGAUUCUCCAAAAUCGGUGUAUGCUUUUUGAUAGGAAGGCUUUAAUAUGUUAUAUUUCUUAAAAGAAUUUGGUCAAAAUUUUUUCCUUGUAAGGCAAUCGCUAUCAAAAUAUUUCCAGAAAAAUUGUACAAUAUCAAAAUGCUCCGAUUAAAUAUAGCAUAGCCUUCCAAAACAUAAAUAAAGUUCGCUACAAAUCAAAUGGUCGGCCAGCUGCUCCACGUUCAAGCUCACUCGACAAUCAAAGAAAAUUUUAUCCUCGAGUAAAUAAAUCAUUUACUUGCUAUCAAGACAUGCCCUUGACCUUGCACUCUAACAAAAAUCGCAGUUUCUCAACAGAAAGGCCUCGAAAUAUUUCACUCGGAGAAAUAAGCCCAAGCUAUAAGCUUUCAACUGUCAAAAACCUCCCAUCCACAAGUAAAUUAAUAAGUGGGCACCCUAGACCUAAAGAUUUAGAAGAAGCUCGGAAUAAGAAAGAAAGCCUCACAGCUCUGCUAGAAAGAGGAAAGUCUGAAAUGAAGCUGGGUCAAUAUUUAUCUGGGCUCAAAUUUUUCAAAAAAGCUGUUAAAGAAGAGCCAAGUAACCCUGAAGCGCUUUAUGAUAUAGCAAAUUGCUACAUUUGUUUAGGGGAGCAUAAAAAAGCGAUUCCUGAUUUAUUAUCUUUAAUAAUUAAAAUAUGGCGUUGCUCGAAUUUUCUGGUCUCCCAACAGAAAAUGCAUCUCUGACAUAUUUUAAUUAUGAGGUUUGAUUUUCUCUGAUAAAAUUAUCCCAACUAUGUUUGUGAAGUAAGAGCCGGUAGUUUUUCCUAACAAACUCCCGAUCUUAGGGAAUGGAAUUUACAAGAAGAAUAAAACUUACCCUAGGCUUAGGGUGACGAUAGGACCUAAACAAGUGCCUGAGCUCAAAGGAGAGUCAUCCAAUCCAAACUUCAAGACUGGUGUCCUCAUUGGUGUGAACAAAGUCCAAGGUGGCUACACCUUUGGUGGGCUUUGAGGAAAAUGGCGCAUAAUUUGCCCGAGAGCGGUGCUGGGGGUAGCUGUGGUCGAGAAACCUGUUAUUUGGACGCAAAACGUGUUAUAAAUAAUUAAGAUAAAAUAAGAUUUAUUAUCUUUAAGUCGAGAUUAUCCUUAUUACAAUAGGCAAGUCUAUACGGCGCUUGCAUUGUGCUUUGUUACAAUCAAUGAUAAUGUUACAGCAAUUAGACAGCUAAGCCGAGGAUUAAUAAAAUUCCCAAAGCACUCUGAAGCAUAUAUACUGAGGGGCCAGCUUUAUAAUAAACAAGAAAAAUAUGAUAAAGCAGUUAUGGACUUCUAUAAAGCAAUUUCACUAAAUCCAGCUGAAGGGAGUGCUUAUUUAGGAUUAUCAGAUGCACUUAUCGGGAUGAAUGAUAUACCAACCGCUAUAAAAAUACUCAGCCAAGCAGCCCAAUGUGAAGGAACUGAAGUGCAAGCUUAUCUUUCUAAGGGCAAGCUUAACUAUAAUCUGCAAAACUAUGAAAAUGCUAUUAAUGAUUUUGACUUAGCUAUCAAUGUACAAAAAGAAUGCGCAGAAGCUUAUUAUUAUAAAUCUUUAGUCCUUCUAAAUCAAGAUAAACUAAUAGAUGCUGCUUUAUGUCUAGAACAAGUCAUUAAGUUUGAUUCGCUUGAUAAAAAUUUUACAGGAGCUGCUAUAUAUAACUUAGGAAUAAUUCAUAUAAAGCAGCGAGAUUUCUAUGGAGCUUUCUAUACAUUUAAAAGGGCCACUGAUAUUAAUCUUGAGAUAAAAGAACAAAGGAUUUUAAAAGCUUAUGUUGAUGGUGUUUUAUGCUUAAUGAAGCGAAAAUUCAAAGAAGGUGUAGCGUUGCUAACGAGAAUUAUUAAAAAAAAGAAUCCGUUGCUGAAGGAAUAUUUUGGAAAUUGCUAUGCAUAUAGAGGAUAUGGAUAUGCUUCAUUAGAAAACCAUGAAAGGUCAGUAAGAGACUUUACAGCCUCAGGAAAAAUCCAAAAGCUUGAUAACGCAUCUGAGUAUAAUUUAAUGAUUUCCCAAGCAAUAAUAACUUUUGAAAAAGACGCAGAUUCAGCAUUAAAACUUUUUAAAGCUGCUAAUGAAAAAUUCCCUAAAAAUGUUGAGCCAUUUGCAUAUGAAGCAGCAGUUCUUUUGCAUGCUGCAAGGAGACAUAAGAAAAUUUUAUUAGCAGAUCAGGCUAAAGAUUUACUGACAAAAGCAAUAGAAUUUAGAGAAGCAGAGAGCGAUUUAUAUUUCUUCCGAGGGGUGACUUCUUAUUAUUUAGAUAAGCCUAUUGAAUCUAUUCAUGACUAUGAAGAAGCUAUAGAGAAGGCUGAUGAUAAUGUUCCAAUUCAUUUUAUUGCUCGAGGACUCUGCUAUAUCCAGCUGAAAUUAAUUCAAGAGGCCAUUCAAGAUUUCACAAUUGCUCUUCAGUUAGAUGAAAAUCUAGCUGAAGCAUACUACUAUCGUGGACGCUGCGCAUUCUUGACUGGAGACACCACUCUUGCUUUUCUUGAUUUUCAAAAACUUAUUCUUGCUAAGCCUAAAGAUCCUUUAGUUCACGUGUAUGCAGGAAACUUGCUGAUGCUCACAGGAUCAGUCGAUGACGCUGCUAAAGCCUAUUCAAAUUCCUGCUCAAUAGAACCCACAAAGACAGCUCAUUAUCAAAAAGCUAAAUGCUUUUUAAUGCUAGGCAGCAUAACUGAAGCUAUUGAAGAGCUUGAAAAAGCUCAAAAAAUAGAAGUCAGGCUAGAGGUCAGCUUUGAUUUAGAAAUUUUGAAUGUAAUUAAAGAAGCUUAUAAUAAAGAUGACUUAGAAAGCUCAUUAAAAAAAUCAAUAAGCAGGCUAAGUAAAGCUUUACAAUUGCAUACGGAAGGCGAAGUUUGCUCACUUAAACACUUGCAUAAUUAUAAAGGAAUUUUCUUUUUCUUUUUAGGAGAAUUUCAAAAGUCACAAGCAGAAUUUAAGCAAGCUUUUGGAGAGAAUGAAAAAGUGAUAAAUGAUGAGGAAGAAGAUAUGAAGAUUUCCUCAGAAAUUUUGCUGGAAAAUUCUGAAAUAAUUUAUAAUUUAGCGCUUUGCUAUAUAAUGGAGGAGUAUUAUGAAGCUGGGUUUAUACACUUAAACGAGCUACUAAAAUUCACUGAAGGGCCGAAUAAAGGCAAAGUUUUGUUGCUGAUGGGGAUAUUGCAGCUAGCUUUAGAGCAAAGUGAGCAUGCUCGACAGUUGAUGCUGGAAGGCUACAAAUAUGACCAAGAUCUAGUAUCAGCCUAUCUAGAAGAAAAGCCGGACAUAAAGAUCUUGCCUUUUCAAUCAGAUUCAGAAUAUGCUUCUAAAUUUUCAAUGGCAAAAAUUUCUAUUGGGGAGUGCCACCCAGUCCUAGUGAGGCCUUCUUUUUCGCUACCGAAACCUUUGCUUCCCUCAAUGGAAUUUCAAACUGAAGAUUUCAUUUUUAGCCAUUUUACUGUAAAAUCAGUCAAAUGUAAACCUGAAGCUCCUUGACUAAAUAGGGUUAAAGGAGCUAUACAGUUUACGGAAAAAGUGCAGGAUAUUAUAAGCGAAACUGUUUCUGAGUCUGAAGAAGAGUCAGUUCCUACACAAAUUUCAAGCGUUUUUGAUAAUAAUUAUGACAAACGAGCUUAUAAAUCUGUUGGAUAUUUACCAAGUCAUUUUGAAUCUGAAUUGGAAAUUAGAGCAGAAGAUACAGCCAAUUUAUUUGAAGCUUAUAUAAAUAAACAAAUAAAUAUAAGCGAUAUGGGAAAAAAAGCAGGAUAA